AACCUGUCGCGCUAAAGUUGCAACAUCCAGUGGAAACACAACCAAUUUAUACCAGCACUUGAAAAAUCACCACAGGCAUUUGCAUGAUGAGUGCAUGAUGAAAAAAUCCGGUGAAAAGUCUAGCGAAAAUGAUACUCAGGCCCAUAGUAGCAAACAGACUACAAUUACAGCGUCUUUUGCCAGCGUAACUCCGUAUGAUAAGAGCAGCCGAAGACACCGGGAGAUAACGACUGCCAUAACACACUACAUUGCCAAGGACAUGGUGUCUGUUAACACGGUCACCAAAGACGGAUAUAAAAACCUCCUCCGCACGCUGGACAGAAGAUAUGUGAUUCCCUCCCGCACCUACUUCAACCAGGUCGCCAUCCCACAGCGGUACGCGGAGUGUGAAGAAAAAGUGGUAACAGAGCUGAAAAAUGUGGAGUAUUAUGCCACAACUACUGAUAUGUGGUCAAGCAGAACGACCGAGCCCUAUCUUAGUUUGACUGUGCAUUUCGUAAAUGACAACUUUGAGUUGAAAAGUCGCUGCCUGCAGACAGCAUACUUUCCCACUGACCACACCGGAGAGAAUAUUGCCCUGGGAUUGAGAGAGAGUCUGUCAAGCUGGGGUCUGAAAGAAGAGGACCAGACGUGCAUCACAACCGACAAUGCAGCAAACGUCAUCAAAGCUAUGGAACUUAAUCAAUGGACCAGACUUCAAUGUUUUGGACACAGGCUGCAUCUUGCAGUUGAAAAUGCUGUUAAAGAUGAUGCAAGAGUUAAACGGGCAGCAGGACUUUGCAAACAGAUGAUUGGUGUCUUCUCUCAUAGCUGGAAAAAGAAGACAGCACUGAAAAAGGCACAGCAAGAAUUAAAUUUACCAGAGCACUCACUGAUAACAGAGUGUCCGACAAGAUGGGGCGCAAGGCAAAAAAAUGAUUGGGAGGGUGUUGGAGCAGAGCAAGGCGUUGUCUCAGGUUCUGUCUGAAGACAAGAAGACACGUCACCUGGUCCCCACUUGGCAGGACACAGAUGUCCUUGAAUCGAUAAACAAUGCCCUUGGUCCUCUUCAGGAGUUUACAGAUGCCCUGUCCGGUGAAGCCUAUGUAAGCGUGUCAUACCUGAAGCCAGUUCUCCAUCUCCGGAGAACAUCAACCCUGACCGAAAGUGAUGAGGACACAGAUCUUACCAAGGAAAUCAAAUCAAGAGCUCUUGGCUACCUUGAAGAUAAAUACAGAGACCCAGCCACACAGGAGCUACUGGACAUUACUUCUUUCCUUAAUCCUAGAUUCAAGACUGACUACAUAAGUGCAGAGAAUGUCCCAGACAUCAAAGAAAGAGUGAAGAUUGAAAUGGAAGAGG